AUGGGUAGCACUGACAGCACUGCAACUACCGGCAAGGUUUUCUCACCACCAAUUUGGAGGCCUAAUGAUCGGAAAUCUAAAAAAGACUAUGUUGCAAGCUUUCGCUUGUACACCAUUGAAAUGAAGAUGAAGAUGGACCGUCAUCUAGAAUUGCUUGAUCAAGGAAAUUCGAAGGACGAGAACAAGAAAGAAAGAGGGGAAACAAACAAUAAUGAAGUGGACAAAAAAGACAAGGAGGGUGUUGGUGCAGAGGGGAAAAAAGAGGACGUUGAAGAAGAAGAUGAUAGUGAGGAAGACGAAGAGACUGAUGAAAGUACUGAAAGUGAUAUGAAUUCUAAUUCAAGAACUGAAUCUCAGAAAGAAGGUGUUGCUGAUUUAGAUGAAGAAAUGGAAUCAAGUGGUGAUAGCUAUAAAGAGGAUGAUGAUGACAGCAUUGGUGGAGACUCUUCUUUUGGGAACAAUGAAGAAGGAAAUCCAGAGACAAGUGAAGAUUCUUCAAUGUUUCGUAUGAAGAUUGCUGAUUGA